AUGGCAGCAGUUCAGGGCCUACGUCGUCCGGGAGCGUCACUACUCACCAAGUCCAAAGGCCUCCCAUCGAGGCCAGAUGAAGCUAUCCCACCAAGAAAGGCAGUAAAUCCUGCAGAGACUGCUAGCGCAGUACCUCCGUCUUCUAGCCUCCCGUCCAAUGGUUACCGGUCGCCCGGCGUGGAAGAGAAAAGCCUGGAUGCAAAACCAUUGCCUACUCCCCCCGAAUUAAACACCGUCAGGCAACCACCGCGAACGUCGUCGCUGAGUCGGCGAGACGAAGAGGGCCCUCGACAGAUUCCUGCCAGUGUGCCUCGAUUUUCGAACCCGGGCUUCCAGAUUUCACCGGCCAGUGAGGAAGUACCGCUGGACGAGUUCAUCCCAGAGCCAGAACCGGAACCUGAACUAGAACCAGAAAGACAGCCAUCGCCGCAAGAACCUUCCAGACUUCCAAACGGCACACCGGUCGAAGGCGACGAAGGCAAUGAGGUUAAUGACCCCAACGCGCCCUAUGUUCCUCCACUGCCUGAGCCUAUGAUCAUACCCCCCUUGACCAGGGUUCACUACUCCUGUUACCAGUCGCACCGUUCCAUGCCCGUGUCGAACAAUUUCUGGUACGCGGUGGCUUGCAUGACUUGCCACAAAGUCGAUCGGGAAAUUCGCCAUCGCUGCACAUUUUGCUGUCUGCGGAUCUGCAGCAGUUGUUUCCAAUUGCUUCAGAAAUGCAAAGACCGCUCGCUGGCUGAGCUUAUGUCACAAAUCAAGACCUCAUGA